AUGGCACCACUCGUUCUCCCUUCAAUAUUAAUUGCAAGCGCAUGUUUACUCUCGACUGUAUCUGCCAUUCCCUCGGUAGAUGAGCUUGUUGGAACAUGGUCUACGAAGUCCGCCGCAGUGUUAACGGGACCUGGCUUUUACAAUCCAGUCAACGAUUCAUUAUUGGAACCUACCCUUACCGGAAUCUCAUACUCUUUCACGGCAGAUGGUUACUAUGAAGAGGCAUACUAUCGGGCGAUCUCAAAUCCUGCGAAGCCGAGUUGUGUGUCAUCAAUAAUGCAAUGGCAGCACGGUAAAUUCGUCUUGAACACCGAUGGGUCUCUUAGUUUGAGUCCCUUCGGUGUGGAUGGGCGUCAACUAGAAUCUGCUCCAUGUACUGCCGAUACGGCGACAUACACACGAUACAACCAGAGCGAAACAAUCCAGAAAUUCCAAGUCUACACUGAUGCUUAUACGAAAUUAACUCGACUAGAUCUUUACCAAUUUGAUGGAACACCUGUAAAUCCGAUGUUUUUAGCCUACAGUCCUGCACUGAUGCUUCCUACCGAAACGCUUAAUCCAACAACUUCAGCAACGUCAACUUCAAGCUCUAAAAUGAAGCGAUGGUUGGGUUAUGGAGAUGAGCCCGGAGAGCCUACAACGUCGGAAGGCUAUGCUCUUCCUCUCAACAAGAAUGCCAAGCAUAUCAGUCGCGGCAUUGAGCAGCCUUCGCUCAUCUAUCGCAUCGAUCUCGACCUUCUUUGGUGGGCUGGAGUAGGAAUGACCGUUUUCGGAGGCGCUGCAUAUCUAUUAUAA